AGUCUUGGGUUACCUUCAAUAUCCUACAGGGCGCUCGAACGCGUCUCAUCCAAGUAAGAAACUUUGCUUUGUUGAAAAUCAUCCUUUGGGAUGAACUGACACACAGAAUUACCUCGCGAUAUGAUUGCAGAAGUUUUAUUGGUGCUUGCGGGCCAUUCAUCGUCCUUAUUUCCGUCAGAUCACAACCUACACCCUGCUUUUUGCUCACUUCUUCAUCCAGGAGAGCAACAAUGUCUUGAGGCCUUGGGUCAAAUUGCGUUUCGUUACAGAAAAAUUAAGGACGCGAGCAGUGCUUUAUCUCGGUCACCUUCUCGCUAUAUAUGCGCGUUAUGUGCAACAUUGAACCAGAUCUUGAAGGAUGAAUACGAAACUCUUGUCGUCGAUACAGAAGCAAAAGUGCUAAACAGAGACUCCAGUCUGGUUGGUCAUGGCUCAUUCGUUCCUUUGUCUGCUCUACGAGCGACUUUCUCUGAAUGGGAUGCCCCUCUUGUGGCUUUGGAGUCUCUGACAAGCCAACUUGAAGCUCAAGACAAAUGGCCACCUGGAGUUUUGAUCGAUAUGUUGUUGGCGCGCUCAAAAAGUGGAAUUCAUCGAAUUUCUGAUAUCCUUUUGCGGCUUUCAAGAGCAGUUCAGCGCGUAUGGCGAGCACAGCUAAUCGCGUUCUUGGUCCAUGGAUCUCUGGCCCAUGAAGAUCCCUUGGCUUCUGAUUCUUAUACUCUCCUUGAAGGCUCCAUACCAUCCUGUAUCUCGGUUCUAUCCCGCGAUUCCAUUGCUUAUAUCGGACGGGCCAUGAGCAUUGUCAAGGCCAAGAAAUGGCAGAAACAACUACCGCGAGAACAAGCUUUGGAACACACUACUUUGCUCGAAGCUGUUCUGCCUGAAGAACAGUUCGAUUUUGAUCGUGUCAUCUCCCAAAUCCGAACCAAUGUGGGUGAAUGGCUGUGGCUUAAUGUCCUUACUCGCAAAGAUGUCGAAGAUGCAGUUAUGUCCUUGGCCAAUUAUUUUCUACUACGAAAUGGAGAAUUCAGUCUUGCUCUGAUUCGAGAGAUCGAGCGCCUAAAACUCUCCCGUCUUACCACGCGAUCAGGUGCAACUUCCAUGAUUCGUGAACAAGAUCUUAACCUUGCGAUGCUAAGAGCAUCUUUGGGUACCUCAGCUCAGCAUGAUCCAUCUCUUUUGCACCUUCGCUUUCAACUACCUUCGGGACCUCUUAGACCAUUGCUCCCUUCGCUAUCUAACACUGAUAUCAAGACCUUAUCCUCAUCUUUGAACACCAAUCCUGCCGAUCCUGUUUCCUUUGACGAUUUACUACUGGGCACCCAUCUACUUCUCGCAUACAACGUCUCUUGGCCACUUGACCUUUUCCUACAUGCAUCAGAUCUACAAAUAUAUGCCGCGUUAUUUAGUUAUCUGUCAUCACUGCGCAAGACGCAUACACGCAUUCACACUUGUUGGACAUCGCUUUCCAACUCUCAACGUGCUCGGAGACGUUGGACAGGACUAGGCGAGGGAGGCACAAACGAGGACCUGGAAGUUCGGAAGGAGCUAUUGCGAUGUGGUUGGGGUGUCGUCAGAGACAUGGGGUGGUUUUUAGACACCCUCCUAGGCUAUGUGAUGGUCGAUGUUGUUGAUGUGGAGUAUCGGAGGCUGAAGAGUCUUUUAAGUAAUCCAAAGCGAAGCAGGGCUGAAAGCAUGGGGAAAGGGAACCCGCCCAUGUCGCAUUUCAAAAGAUCUUACGGCCAUCAAUCAGAAGAGGAGUCCACUUCGUACCUGGAUUUCUCCACGUUGAGAAACAUUCACGCCACGUAUCUCGAGCGUUUAGUGACAGGGUGUUUGCUCUCUAAUCCGACCCUUACUGCAAUACUUCGGCAAAUAUUUGAAGUGUGCGAGCGUUUUGUUGCGCAGGUGGAGAGGUGGGGAGGUGAUAUAUUGCCAGCACUAUUAUUCGAGGGUAGUAUAGGAGGUGAUGAUAGAGUCGGCGCUUUAGUUCAGGAACGAUGGGGUAUCGUUUCCGAGAUCAACAAGAUACUCCACAUUCUACUAGAUUCUUUCUAUGAACAGCUUUCAGUUUCGGCGUCUCAGCAGCCUUUUACUGCGACGGGCGAUGCCUCUAAAUCGAUCCUCAUGAAUGCCAGUAUGGCUAAUGCAUCUACCUUCCAAAGGACGUUUGUUCGAGCAAAAGGUAUUAAUGGGCUCGAGGACACAAGUGAGGUGCGCCGCCAUGUUGAGCGACUGCUACUACGUCUCGACUUCAACGGUGGUUUUUCAAAACCGAAAAUUAAUCGCGAAGGAGAGGAGAUACUGAAGCAAGGAGGAUUGAUAGUAUAGGCCUGUAUGCGGAUGUGUAUAUACCUUUUUUUGUAGCUUACUGUAUCCUUGUUCA